UUAAUUUAAAUUUCGCGCGCUAAUGAUAGAGAUAAUUAAUUCUCGUUGGCUUGGCGCCUAAACUGACAAAACGGGCGGGACUUUAUGCGCGCACUGUUAUCGGUGUGGAAGGUUACGGCGAUUGGAAAUCCGUAAGUAUUUCAGUCAGAAUUUUGAACAUUUAACGGAUUUCUUCUGGUAUACACACACGCAUAUAUAUUCGUAUAUAAAAAAGAUGUCUCAGCCGUCAGUAACGGCGUAUUUUAAUACACGUAAACGACAAGCAAGUGACGAUUUACGAAACAAGGCUAAAGUUUUGCUUCUUGAUCGGGAAGAAUCGAGAGUUGUGAAUAGUCAGACUCCAACUAACGAAGAUAAUUUUGAAUCAUCGGGAACAUUGACUCCAAUUCAAGAAGAAAAAACAAUGGUAGUAAGUCCGGAGACUGUUGUGGUACCUGGAAGAGAAUUAGCGACUGAUCAUACGUUAAAACCUAAUACAGCUGUAAGGAACAUUCAGUUUGAUUCUCCUAAAUCUAGUGCUCAAAAAACGCCUAAAUAUAAUGUUCGUGCACGAGUUGCACGUACACGAAAAUCAUCUAGUGAAGAAGGACAACUCGAUAUCAGAGAAAGCUUUCAAAAGAUCACAGAAGACUUGGAUAUGAAGAAAGUGCUCUUUGAGAAGAAAGGUGCACUGAGCCCAAGAAAGAAGCUUCCAGGAACACCUAAGAAGAACAACGAUUUUGGUGAGAGUUCAUUAACUAAUUGUACAACGCCAAAGAAAAGUUCAACUAUGGACAAACUGGCAAAGCAAGAGCUGUCUUUAAAUGAUAUAAAAAAUAAAAUUAGUAAAUCUUCCAAAUUUUCGGAAUUGAAAACUUCUCUUGCUCGGUUUAAAAAUUGUGAACAAAGGCUAGAGCAAUUGUAUAAAAAUGAUAAGAAACCACAAAUACAGAAAUUUGAGAAGAUCCAACUUGAAAUACCUGUUAGCCCACAAAAGUCGUAUAAAUCUCCAAGUAAAAUUUUAUUGAGUCCUUUGAAGGAUAAACAAUUAAUGAAUGCCAGUCCUCAACGUAGAAUUUUAUUUGAACCUAAAGAAUCAACCCCAAGCCCUGUGAAAGGUACCCCAAUAAAAGCACCAGCUUAUCAGCGGUAUUCAUCACUUGCUGAAAGUGGCACUUCUGGUUUGCCAUUGCCAUAUCAUUAUAAAUUUUUAGCAGAGGCAUUCAGAUGCGUAGAUACAGUUUCUGCAAUGCUGUUCAAUCGUAAAGAAACAAUAACUUUCAAGAAGCUAAAGCCUGCAGUUCAAGAGUUAUUGCGUAAAAAUUUCACGUUGGAACAUCUAGCGCAAAUGAAAACCAUUUUCCCAGAUGCGUACAUUUACAGCCAGGAGAAGCAUCGUGCAUUUGGUUCUUCGUCUAAACAGGAUAAAUAUGAAUUACUUCUGACACCUAUUGUUGAAGAAAAAGAUGGAAGAAAUACUCCAGAUGCAGAUGAUGUUUUGAAAACAGCAUCUGAAGCUAGUAUGGGGCCGCGAGUAUUACUUGACAGACGAAGGAAAUUUUACAAUGUCUUGCUUGAUAAAGUAAAAGAGGAGCAUGAGAAAUUCUUACUUAAUUUGGAGACACCAAUGCACAUCUCGAAGGAAAAGAUUCUGCGUUGGCAUCCUGAAUUUGAUGUUGAAACAUGUAAAGUAAUUGAACAGGCUGAGUUGCCACAACCACCUGAUGUAGAAAGGAUGACAAGUGCAAAAGAUGUUCUUGAUAAAGCAAAAUCAUUAUUCAAUUGCGGUACUCGCAUGGAGAAAGCAUUGCAGCGAUUAGCAGAAGCAAAGAUGACUUCAAAGAAUGUUUCUCCAAAAAAAGAUGAAGUAAGCACAGCUACCCAAACCGAGGGUGGUGUACAAAAGGUUAAUAUUACAGUUGUGGAUACUCCACCUGCCACACCUAUUGUAAACAAGAAUCAUCAUCUUACUAGUGCACUGAAAGGCAUACCAAAGGCUCUUCUUGAGAAAGUAAAUAUUUUCAUUUUUAUUUCUCAUUGUUUUGUUCGUGCUAAACAAGCUGCUAAGGCAUUGGAGGCUAUGACACGUCCACCAAAUGCAGAAAAAGAGGCUGUAAUGUAUUCAAGAUUACCGGAAUUAGUGAAAGUUCUGCGUAAUAUUUUCGUAGCUGAAAAAAAAGGAGUUUUAACAUUAGAAUUUGUAAUUACCAAAUUAGAGAACUCGUUUAGAGCUAAAUUAUCUCCUGCUGAACUAGAGGACCAUCUACGUUUAUUGUGUAAACUGCUACCCACGUGGUCUAGCAUACAUAAUGUUCGAAAAGUGGAUUACUUGAAGUUGCAAAAGGAAAUCGAUCUUACAAAAGUAAUAAAAAGAUUAGAAAUUAUGGCUAAUGACAAAGUAAAGUCAUCAUGA